AUGCUUUACGAAAGCAUGGAUGGUACGAGUAGGCUGCGUGCCGAGCACAGCCUUGCUGAAUUGGCUACAUCACCGGACUGCCUCAGAAGGUGUAUGCUGCUGCUGCAGACCGGAACUGUAUGUCGCGUUUUUAUUAUGCGUUUUUUGCAGCAAUGCAAUGCGAAAAACGCAUAUUGA